GCUGCUGGCAGGUGAGCUUCCCCCUCAGUCUCUUCUUUGCUGUGCGGGAAGGACAGGCAUUCAGACGUCGAUACCUGGACGGACACCAGCCUCGUUGACCCACUUCUAGCAUUGAGGGGGGAGCUUGCGGCUGUGUCGUCAGGAGGAGGAGUCUAGGACCAGCCGGCCACCUUUGUGACGGGAAAGCCGGACAUCCCCCCGACUUGUUGCCCCGCAGUUGGGUUCUGGGUUCCACUUCUGUAUAGCAGCAGCAGCAGCAGCCGUCACACUUCGUCCUGCUUCUACCACCAGCAGGGGACCGGACGUUCGGAGCGAGUCGGAAAACCAUGGAGAGCUUGUCCCUCGAGGAGAAAAUCGCCUCCUUCAAGAAAAAGAUCGAUGAACUCGACCAAUCCGCGGCCCCGCCGCCGGCCGUAGGCGAGAAGGAUCAAUCCGAGGCGACGUCCCUGUAUGAGGCUCCCGAGCUAGGCAACGGGAAGAUAGCCGCGAUGAAGCAAAGGCUGGUCCGCAAGGGCUUGUCCGUCUCGGGAGGCGGGGGCGGCGGCGGUGAUUGCACGGAGUCAGACGAGGACGGCGGCGGUGGCUGCGGCAGCGGGCCGACCGAAGCAGAAAAGGCCGCCAAGCUUGCCGCCGAGUUUGAAAAGGGUAAAAUAGCCGCGAUGAAGAAUCGUCUGGUCGCCAAGGGGCUAGGUAUCGAUGAUAACGCUUCCGAGGCGCCGGCGGCGGACCCCGCUGCUGCUGCGAGGGCGACCCAUGCCGCGGCGAAGGCAACGGCUGCCGCCGCGUACGCCGCCACUUUAACGGCGUCGUCGCCGUCGCCGCCGCCGCCGCCGCCCCCCGCGGAAGCUGAUGAUGUCCUUGUGAAAAUAGAAGGUGCUGGAGACGAGACGCCCGCAACGGAAGAAUCGAAAACGCCCGACGCCUUCGACGGCGGUGCUGAAGAGGAAGAAGGUGCCCAAGAGGAAGAAGGUGCUGAAGUGGAAGAAGGCGCUGAAGAGGAAGAAGGUGCUGAAGAGGAAGGAGCGGAGGAUACCUUGGCAGCUGCUGGGCCUCCAUCUGCUCUUGCCACCGCCAACGGCGAAGCUACUGUGGUGGCCGAAAUGGUCGGGGUUGCAGGCGUUCCAGACUCAGCGGAGCCAACUGAAGAACCAGGUCCUGAGCCCGUUGUCGUCGCCGACGACCAUGAAAAGGCCGGCGUCGUCGUGCCGUUCUCGGUGGUGGGCGUCGCGCCCGAGGCCGGUGCCGCCGCUGCAGAGGACGAGCCUGCCCCUGUGCCUAUUGCCGUCGUGACCGCUCCAGGAGACGAGCCUGCCCCCGUCGUCGUCGCGCCAUUCUCGGUGGUGGGCGUCGCGCCCGAGGCCGGUGCCACCGCUGUCGAAGACGAGCCUUCCCCCGUCCCUGUUGCUGCCGUGACAGCUCCGGGAGACGAGCCUACCCUCGUGCCUAUUGCCGACGUGACCGCCCCGGGAGAAGAAGAUAAAGGCCGUGACGCCGCCGCUGCAGACGAGGACGAGGAGGCCUCCUCGCCGACAGUAACACCAAGCGAGGGAGGAGACAAGAAGGAGGCGAACAGCCCGCCCACCCCCCCCUCCUUCCCAACCGCCAUCUCUCAGGCUUCAGACUCACAGCAGCACCAGGAGGUGUUGCCCCCUCGUCCUCCUCCGCCAGCAGCACGAGCACCAGCACCAGCAGCGGCAACACCCGCGGAUGAGGGGAAAGUGACGGCGUGCACCACCGCGUCGGGCCCCUCCCCCAAGAUCGAAGGCUUCAACGUGGCGGCGAGCAAGGCGAAGGCUGCUGUGGCCGCGGCAAAGUCGCGCUCGCGAAGCAGCAGCUGCAGCAGCCAGCAAGCCUCUGCUCCCGCCGCCGCCGUUGCCUCGCCCGCCGGAGAUUCGCUGAAGCAGCGGCAACGGCAGCGGCAGCGGCAGCCCGGCAAGCGCGCGUCAACCCCCGGCCGGCAAAAGCGUGCCAGCUCUGUGGGCAGGAGCGCCUCCCCCGUUGGCAAGCCGUCGCCGUCCUUGCCCGCCCGACCGCGCCGGCAACCAGCGGCGUCGCAGCAGCAGCCACGCAGCGUCACGUCUACCCCGGUGAGGGUGUCGCCCGCUGCCGUUGAAGUUUCCCGGGCGAAUCCCACCGUCGCCGUUACCCCGGGGCUCCACGCCGCUACCCCGCCGCCGCCGCCGCCGCCGCCACCGCCUGCGCCUGCGCCGGCCGUGGUGGAAACCUCGCCGGGGCCCCGUCGCCCGACGUCGUCUCCUGCCAGGCGAGGACGGGGGGCGUCUCCGGCGAGAUUGGCCACCCCGGCCCGCGCCGCGGUGGCGCUGACGCCGGCCCUGGCGGAGGCAUCGGGGAACCGGCUCCACGAGCAGGCCCGCGAGGCCCGCGAACGGCUGGAGCGCAGGAGGACGGUGGGAGGAGGAGCGGGAGCAGCCUCGCCCCCGUUCGUCAUGUCGUCGCCGCUGCUCUUCACUCCGACGCGCGGGGUCGCCUUGACGCUGAGCCCGGCGUUGGCAGAGGCCUCGGGGAACCGGCUCCACGAGCAGGCCCGCGAGGCCCGGGAGAGGCUGGAGCGCCGCAGGAAGGAGGUGCCGGUGGUGACGCCGCUGGCCCCAAUGCCGGGUCUCACGUCCUUCUCGCCUCGCCGGUGGUCGGCCCCGCGGGGGCCAGCCGGCGGUGCCGGCGCCGCCCCGGUUGUCUCCGGGCCAGACCGGCUUGAAGGCCUGUACCGCGACGCCAUCGAGCGCAACUCGAGGCUCGAGCUGGCCCGGCGCGCGGAGGAAGAGAGGCCCCGAGAGUGCACGUUCACGCCCGAGAUCAGCAAGAGGGGGCGCAGCCUGGUUAGGGGCUACAGCAGCGACGGCGGCGGCGGUGAGGCGGGCGAAGGCGGAGACGGGGGUAAAGGCGGCGACGGCGGUGGCGGCGGCGACGGGAGCUUGUUCGACACGUUCGACGCGCUGUACCAGGACGCGAAGCGCAGGCAGGCGAAGAUGGAAGCGCUGAAAGGGGCUCACGAGGAGGUGGGCAGGCGGACCUCGCCGGUGAUCACCGCCAUGGGCCGGCAGGCCACGGGCGUGCCGAUCGACGUGCGGAUGAAGGAGGACGCGGAGCGCUGGGUGCGGAGGUUUCAGGAGCUGGAGGAGAAGAAGGCCGAAAAGGAGAAGGAAGGGUGCACGUUCAUGCCUAACUUUUCCAUCGGGCGCAGCUCCUCCGCCCCGCGCAUGCGGCCGCGACGCAGCAACGGCGGUGCCGGUGCCGGUGCCGGCGGCGGCGGCGGCGGCGGCGGAAUCGAGGCGUUCGUAGCAAGGUCAGCCAUCUUCCUAGAGGCGAGAGAGCGGAACAUGAAGAAGCUCAAGGAGGAGGCCGAGGAGAGGGAACGGGCCCUUGCGACGUUCAAGCCCAGCAUCCUCCCCUGGGGGGGCAGGUCGGCGGCGGACGACGCCUCCGCCGCCGCCGACGUGUUCGAGCGUCUCCUUCGUGCCGCGGAGAACCAGGAGAUGAACAAGGCGGCUCUGAAGGAAGAGUUCCUGAAGAAGGAGCGCGAGCAGUAUAACGACUUCGAGCCCCGCCUUCCCACGCGACAGAAGGACGCCCCCAUGGAGCCCCUGGACGCUCGCAUCAGGAGGAGCACAGAGGAGUGGGUGAAGAACAAGGCGCUGCGAGAGCAGCGGCGACUCGAGCUUGAAGCCGAGCAUUGCACCUUCCGGCCGUCUCUAGGCGGCGGCGGCAUCGGCGCCGCCGGCAUCGGCGCCGCCGGCACCGGCACCGGCGACGGCACCGGCGGCGGCGGCGGGGGCGGUGGGAGACGCAGUUCGUCGGUAGGCCCCAGGCCUCGCGCUCGGUCCUCGACGCGGCAGCGAGCAUCCCGCAGGGCUUCCGGCGGCGUGGGGCCGGCCGCGGCGGCCGCCUUUGCCGCCCGCGAGGCGGCCUUCCAGGACGCGAAGAAGCAGCGGUUGGAGGCUUUGCGGAAGGAGAAGGAACAGCUCGAGCUCCAAGAGGCCACGUUCCAGCCGGUCAUCGGCGCAGAGGCCCGUCGGGCUGGCGACCGCGGCGGCGACCCGGUGGGCGGAAGCUCGAGGGGUACCGAUGCGGUGGCGGGAAGCGUCACCGGCGCCUCGGAGACGAAGGUUACCACCCCGGUUACCGUCGAGAGACGGAGCUCUGUCGAGUUCAAGCCGCAAGGCUCGGCGCGGGCGAGGUCGCGAGAGAGCAGCGACAUCGCGGCAACUGACGGGCAGCAGCAACGGCAACGGCAGCAGCAGGAGAUGGCGCAGGGCGUAACGGCGGCCGUGACAUCGCCGCCGCGGCAGAAGGGGGCGGAAGAUGAUGGAGUAGACAUGAUAGCCACGGCGGCGGUAGCGGAUGCAUCGGCAGGACGAGGAGGCGGCGCUGUCGACGACCACCUGGACAAAUCACGGGUGGACCAAGGCGUUGAUGUGGGCGAGCUAUCCUUCCGUCUGCAGCAACUCGCGACAGCCUCAUCUCUCAACGACGGCGGCAACGACGAAGCUGACGCCGCCCCCGUUUCCAAUGUUGCGCUGCAGCUCGAGGAGGAGGAGGAGGAGGAGGAGGAGGAAGGAGAGGCCAACGAGGCGGGAGUAACGGAGACGGGCGAGGGACCUGCCGAAGCGGACGCGGAACCCGAAUCAGAACCCGAUGAGCUCGACCUAGGAACGGAAGAGGAGGAGCCCUGCGGAGCGCCCACGGAAGCCGUGCCCAAGGCCGAAGGCGGCGGCGUCGUCGUGAUGCCGGUCAACUCCGAGGGGGCGGGUGAGGAAGCAGCUGAGGAGAAGAAGGGCAGCGUCGAAUCUGCUGACACAGGAGCCAAGAAGAAGUUCGUGGCCGUACUAUCCUCAGGAGCAGACGACUCCGCGGCCGAGGAAGGUUUCGACGAUGAUUCAUUGGAUGAUAUUAAGCGGGUCACGGGGUCUGGGGGAGGCAAGGGUGGUGAGGGGGGACAAGCCGAGCCGGUGAGCGCGAAGUUGUCUGCGGCAUCGCCUGCGCGAUACAGCUCGACCGAGGGUGACGCUGGAAAGCCGCCCACGGUUAGCUCUCCGGCACCGGCAGCGGCGGCAGCGGGCAGCCCUUUAGAAGCCGAGCAAGAGCAGGAGGGGCAGGAGCAGGAGCAAGAGAAAGGGGAGGAGGGGCAGGAGACGCAGGAGCAAGAGAAAGAGGAGGAGGGGCAGGAGACGCAGGAGGAGCAGGAACAGGAAAAAGAGCUCAGCACGGAAGAAGAGGGCGACGACGCCACGUCGGAGAAUGCAAGCGAAGACGACGAAGACGAAGACCACGACGAUCACCACUACGACGACGAGGACAGAUACGGCUACACGAACGGGGCGUCGUACGGCAGCCCCGAGGCGAGCAGCCAGACGAGCCGCUCGCUGGAAGACUUCGACAGGGCCCAGCGCGAGAUCGCCGAAAAAAUGAAGAACCUCGGGCUGUAGCAGGGGGCAGACGGACAAUAACAAGAGAUCCCGGGGGGGGGAGGGAGCGCCACUGAUAGAUUUUUGAGCAGGAAGAGAGGGAGAGGGAAGAUGCUGCUGCCGUGUGUCGGGUUUUGGUAUAAUAUGGUUGGUUGCAGUUUUGGCCGGGUUCAGUGUCCGGUUGUUCUCUUUUUUGAGUAGGAGGGAAAGUUUUGUUUUUUCCUCCCGGUCUUGAUUUUCGUGCUACCCACUGCUGUGCCGAGGUUCCGUGUGGGUCGGGUAGGUAGUCGAGGGGGUGACGUGGCGAUGGUGGUGGUGGUGGUUGUGGUGGGGGGAUAGAGACGUCCCCGGAGUGGGGAGCAUUCGAUUCAGAAUGGGGGCUCAGUGUUUCAUUCGGACUGGGGUGCACGUACCGACCAGAAUGAGGGGAGGGAAUGGAUUCCGUGUAUUGUGCGUGGCGACGUGUUCGAACCACGGGCGUUGUCAGCGUCUGUUACGUGGCAGGAACUUCACUAUCAAUAUCGAGCUCUGGAUGUAAUUUUUUUAUGUUUGGCUGGCAAGCGGUAUGGCGCUUGACCCAAGGCGCUACCAGGAGCGUUUUUUGCUCUAGUCGUUUGUUGCUUUGCUGCUGCUGACGCAGCUGCCGCCUCAGCCGCAGUAGUGAGAGUCGCUGGAUCUAUGUGAACGGCAUCGGAUGUUUGUUAUGCCCACCUUGGAACCGAUUAGCCUCUGUUUCUAGAAACCCGAGCUAUGACACUUGGUGGGUGUUUGCGCACGGAUACACACUACCAUUACACUGUCCACGUCUGUGUUUGUCUUCGGCCUUCGGUAGGCAUGGAAAGGGUGUAUAGGCCGGACGGCCGUAGGUUGGGGUGGGGAUCGCGACUUGGUCCCAGUGUUCAGUUUUAGUGAUUUUCUGUGUUUUUAUCGUUCAACGUUCUUUCUCGGCUGGCUUGGCAGUGGCUGUGCGUGUCGCUUUUUUCCAGGCUCUGCAGGGGCGUUUCGCUGUUGCAAGGAGGUUGGUUUGGGGUGUGCUUCUCCUGUUUCGGAGGCUGAGCGAGACUUGAACGAGAGGAGGAAGGGGGGGAAAGAGAGACAGAGUAGGGUGGAAAGGAGAAAUCAGAGAGUGACUGCCCCCCACCCCGUCUUGAUUGGUACCAUGUUGCUUUCUUUCGUAACUGGUAGCAUGACGGAAGCGCUGUGGCCUGUCAGAAGACAUGAGCCACCUUGUUCGGCACAAGACCCCAACAGCAUUAUUGCCUUGUUUGGUGGGGCGUGGUUGGCGAGAGUGCGGUGAGGGAGAGAACGUGUCUGUCGGGCUACGAAAUGAUGCUACCCAACGGUAGAGUGGUGGUUUGUGAACGCUUGAAGAGGAGGAG